GGCGACGAUUUUUUAUUCACGAGCGUUGAUCGACGUGAAUGCCUGCCAGGAGAAUGUCCAGUGAGUUCGUUACUUGUUAAAACGGUUUUGAAGUGGAUAGCAUUUGGUGCCGCCAUUAUUCAGUGUCAGGGUGUAUGAUUCGUGAGAUUACGGAUUUACGGAGAAGAAAUCAGACUUCUGCAGAAAACAGUUGAGAACUUGAAAAUUUAAAAUCAACGUUAUUCUCCGUCAAAUGUGGAUUCUUUUCGUUUAAGUGGAAUUAAUCAAUAUUAGCCUCCAUUUGCAACAAUCUAUUAUUACAAUAAUGUCUUAUCACGCACGAGAACAUCUUAAACAACGACUCCAUCCUAUCGUAGCAGUCUUCUUGCUUCAUCUCACUUUGGUCUCAUCCCACGAAGCUCUAUCUUCAAAUCAUCACAGUACCCCAGACGCCUCAACCUUGAAGAUAGAAGCCAAGGAAUCUGAGGCGUCCAUAACACUGGGAAAGGAUCUUGUUCUUGGUCCACCGGUAUUCACUAAAGCGUCAAUAAUCGCUAAUUUCAGCAAUUCGCACGAUAUCACGUCGACGAAGAUAGAUUCCUUUGUGACUCCCACGAUUAUCAGCCAAGUAUCCUCGGGCGAACGUGGCGGAAGUGUUUCUCGGAAACCCGCCUCAAGAGACGCUGGUUCUCGAGGAUCUCAUAGCCAUUAUUGGGCCAACAAAGGGUCGAAGGCUGCUUGGAAGACGGACAGCUAUCUCGAGGCACUGAAACAUUCGCGUACUAGCGACGAUCCACGGGAGGGAAUGGUCAGAAUAGAUUCAAAGACGAGCGUGAAUAGGAGAGAGUAUGUACAGGGACCCAUCUAUAAAUCGGAAACGGAGUACGGCUCGACGUACGCGUCGAAGAAUCCGCGUGUUGUUUAUGGCGGUCCAGGAGCAUCCUCGCCUAGCGAUUCAUAUACCCAAUUCUUCAAGCCGUCAGCGGACUACAAUGAUCGUUACGGUGCACCACAGAAUCAUUACGGCCCGCCACAGAAUUCGUAUGGGCCGCAAGAUGAUUCUUCGUUUUAUCAGCAGUCGUCUUCGCAUGGACCGCCCGGAAACUCCUAUCUGCCGCCCCAACAAGGUGAGGCUAGAGGAUAUGGUCCUUCUAUACACACUUCCGUCCCAACCCCGAUCUAUGGUGCGCCCUACGCACUUCCGGACGUGUCUCAUAUCUCGAUCCUGCCAAGCUUUGAUCUAGGAUUGCCAUUCGCCCUCAAACUGAACGCGUUCACCAUCGCAAAGAUCAUACUAAAAUUAGUAAUCUUUAAGAUGAUAGUGAAAUUUAUCGCGGCGAUUUGCUUGUUGCUCUUCAUACCUAAGCUUGAGAUUAUCAAGAAGAAGGUUUCCAAUAAAGACAACGAUGAUGAAGAAGAACGGAGUCUAUCAUCGCCUUAUACCAGUUCGAGAACACUAAACGACCUUGAAUCUAUAGUGAGAAGCUCCAUUGAGAAAUACGAGGCGCAAGACGGUGCUCGUUCUAAUACGACGGAGAAAUGCACGACGCUCGUAUGUCGUGUAACCGAAGCAUUCACGUUCCACGAAUCUUGGACCGACUAUUUGAGUUUAUUCAAGAGCUACAUGGAGGAAGAGAGGCAGCUCACGAAGCAAGAAGAGAAGUAAGAAGCGUCUCGUUUACAUCGUUAUCGAAUUUUAUUGUCGCGUCCCUAUUGUGUAAUUAUUUAUUUAUUUAUCUUAUAUAAAUUUUUCCUUGUCCAUACA